AUGGCUGCGUAUUACCUCUGCUCUCAGAGUCAGCCUGCCUCUCAAAAACAGCUCUUGGAGAACACCGCCCGACUAAUCAGGCUUAGCCAGGGAAGCGCGGCCUUAUCUGGGGCAGGCAGGCCGUGGGGAGCCAGCCGGGCCAGGCUGAUACCAAAGGCAAUCAAGGCGCUAGGAGGGGAGCCAAGGCCCCGGUCCCCGCCGCCGCCGCCAAGGAAGGCCAGCCUGGCCUCGCCUGGCACCUGCGCUCCAAGGGCGGCGGCGGCGCCUCCAGAUCAGCAAAGGCCAGAUUUGUCCACCCCGGAUCGACCCACUCCGCCGCCCUCGGCACACGGGAAAGAGCCAGCCCGAGCGCCUCAGCCCAGCAGCUCCGGGGCGCGGGGCCGGCCCAGAGCCGGGCAUCGCGCGCUGCCAUGGCGCGGGAUGGUGCCCAGCAGCUCUGGCGGGCUGCUCCUGGCCUCGCCCCGGAGAUCAGCAGCGCCGCCGCCGUGCGGGGCGGCUUGUACGCUCCGACCAGCGGCCGCGGCCGCCUGUGAUGGAAGGCGGCGGCACCCCGCCCCCGGCCUCCCCCCGCGCCGCGCCGCGCCGCCCCGGCGCGCACAAGGGCCUCUUCUGCCGGCACUGGGGCGCACGACGAGGGCCUUUUCACGCCGGGAGCAGAGCAGCCAUUCCGCGGCCCGGGCUUCCCUGGGCCACGCGGCUGUUGGGGCCGCGGCCUCGCUCGCCUCUGCAGCCCGCGCCCGCCCAGGCACGGGGCUCUCCAGGACUCCGCGGCCCCGAACGCUGAAGGAGCCGCUGCUGCCUGCCGGGGACGGCCGCACCAUCGCCCGGUUUGGCCGCCUUCUGCCCCCAAGCACGGAGGGGGAGGAGGGGAGACCGCGGAGAGGCGGCAAGGGGCGGGCUGCGUCGCCCCACGUGUAG